AGACAAAGAGAGAUAGGUGCGUCAAGACAAGGCGCACUGCAAAAGGGGUCCUUCCGCAGGCUGGGGCGAUGCUAGCCGGCAAGAGAUCGAAGACCUGGUCAUGGCGGAGCAGCAAAGCACAGCGGUGCUGAAGGGUGCGGCAAGCGGGGGAAGCGGCUUUUCCUUACCCUCCACCACUAGCACCAUGAUGUUGACGAAGACGACGUGGGAGGAGCUGGAGCAGAAGCGGCCGCUUCCGGUCCACUUUCGCCUCUUCCCUUCUCGCCGUCCCAACAGGACACUUUGCCCAGCACUGACAGCGGAAAAGAACGGCGUUGUCGUGAUCCGCAUCCUUGAUCCAGAGCAUCGGGAGCCCUACGUCUCGCUCUGUUCGCUCUUUGCCAUGGCAGGCCUGUCGCCCGUCGCAGGUCUGCUCCGCUUUGGCUUGCAGAGAGACAGGCUCGACUACGACGUCACGCUCGCGGGGCUCGAGCCGCGAGAAGCCCUCUGGGCAAGCCUGAAGCUCGCCAGCGGCAUCCCAAAGGACCUUGGUCUCGACGGACCCCUUGCGCUGCUCCUCAGCUGGGACCUCCGCCACGCAUGGACGCUCGACGAGGGCGACGCUGGCCUGACGCACAACUGGAGAGUGCCUUCCAAGCACCUCGACCCGGGCAAGUACUCGACCCGCGCGCUCCUCGCCUCGCCCUGGUCCGCGCUCCAGCUGCUUCCCCGGGGCCAGCAGGUGCGUACGCUCGUAUCCCGCUCCCAGCGCGCAGAGGCCAACUCGACCCUCGUCGGCAUCAUUGCUGCGGCCGAGCAGCCCUGGCCGACGCAAAAGACGCUGGCGAACCUCGAGCUGCGCCUGCUCCGAUGGGCCGUUCGCGCGCACGAUGCCUACUUGGACGCAGUGGAGCGCACAGACGACGACGACGGCGGCGGCGACGGCGGCGGUGGCGAGGAGGAAAACGGAUCGAUGGCAGUCACUGGCAGUGAUACAGCGACCGUCAAGGAGCUCGUCGGCCUGCUGCAGGACAUGAACUCGAUGCUGCCCUCAUCUCCCUCGGCGACCUCCGAGGCAGUCGACGAGCUGCUGUCGUUGCCGGGUAAAAAGGGCCGCAGAGUCGAGCAGAGCAGGAAUAGCAGUCCAGCAGAGGAGUCUGCAAGGGUCCAGCUCGCCCUCGCCCACCACCUCUGGCUCCAUUACAGGCUCGUCGUCGACAGCCUUGCGCGACCCGCCGCUGCUGCAGCCCGCGAUGGGGUCGAGCCAGACGCAGAGACUGAGCAUGAGCCUGAGCCAGAUUCAUCCCAAGGUCCCAAGGUGGACAUGGGGGGCGUCGAUGCACGACUCGCACGCAUCGAACAGGCCACCAAUGCCCUCUUGUCACUACAGGAGCAGCAGCAGCAGCAACGACCGUUGCAAGCGCCAAAGAUGGCGGUCACGACGUCACCUCAGACCUGGCGCGAGACAAUCAGACAGCAGCAAAACAUCCUCCUGGCAGGCGUCGUCAUCGGUCUGGUACUGUCGCGCCUCUUCCCCUGACCUCUUGAUCAUCACCCAUGUAUACCAAAAGGAAGAUACACACACGCAUAUACACACGGACGAGUUUGCUAAAUGCUAAGCGAUCGAUUUCAUGGUCUCUUCACGGUUGCCUGGUCCAGUCCCCGCUCUUGCCACCGCUCUUCCUCGUGACCAUGAUGUCCGACACGACCAUGUCCCU